AUGCGGUGCUCAUCGUGUUGUACGCCGGAGAUUCAAUCUCAUAGACAGGGAGGCAAGUCUGCCGUGCGCUGUGGAAGUGAAAACCGCCGCACGUUGUACAAGCGGGGUGAUGUACACGAGCGUCUCUUCGCCUUUUCGCGGCGGGCGCAGUGCACCUGCCAGGCGGUGCUCCACAACGAUGGGGACGACGACAGCGACGACGCCAACUGCACCUUCGUCCCCACUGUCAACCGCACACACGAGGCACUGCUCUCCCGCUGGAGUGAAGGCGUGAGUGUUUUUGAGCGGCUGUACGGCAACGCCCUUUUUCUGCAGCAGAGACGGGAGAAACACCGCGGCGUGGCUGACCACGACACCCACCGUCUCUCGAGAAGUUUCUGCUCCUCUGCGGCACCGCAUCCGCGCGUGCCGAAACACGCCACGUACAGUGGCCUCGCCGACACGCGGCCGGCCACAAAUAAAACGCUUGUGAUAUCACCGUUCUCCUCUCACGACGCGGGUAGUAGACAGUGGCGUUCAACCGUGAGAACGGCCCGCUGCAAGGAGGGAGGCUCCACGUGGACAGCUGCAGUGGAGUGA